AUGCAGGGUGGGUUGAGCCAAGCGGACUUGAAGGCACUGGAGGCCAUCAUCGUGCAGCAAGAGCUGCGCUACGUGGUGGAGGGCAUCACCCUGCCGUACGCGCAGUGCUACUCGCUGCAGCAGCUGCACAACGCCACCGACGGCUUCGACGACCAGCUGCUGCUGGGGCAGGGUGGAUUCGGCAAGGUGUACAGAGGGGUGCUGAACGGUGAGGCGGUGGCGAUAAAGAAGGCGACCAAGAAGCAUCAGCAUGACGGAAAGGCCUUCACGAACGAGAUCGAGCUUCUCACCAAAGCGUCACACCGCAACCUCGUGCAGCUCAGAGGGUUCUGCGUCGAGAAUGAUGAGCAGCUGCUGGUGUUUGAAUUCAUGGAGGGCGGUGCUCUGAAUGAAUGGAUCGCGGCAACUCCUUCCCACCCCCAUCUCCUUCCUCCUUCCCCCCCCCAUCUCCUUCCUCCUUCCCACCCCAUCUCCUUCCUCCUUUCCACCCCCAUCUCCUUCCUCCUUCCCAACCCAUUUCCUCCCUUGCCACACAUCUCCUUCCGCAUUGAUCCUGAGGCGCAGUCUGACGUGGAGAACGUUGCGAGUGCACUGCGCUACCUGCACAGCGAACUUCUGAAUGGAGAAAGUGUUGUGCACGGGGACAUCAAGCCGGACAACAUCCUGCUGACGGCAGGGCAGCCCAUGGAGGCGAAGGUGGCGGACUUUGGGACGUCCAAGACGCUGCCGGAGCGCGGCAAACUGGAUUUUGGGCUUCGGGCGAUACGCGUAAUGUUCCUCCCAUCCCCCCUCUCCCCCUCCCCCCCUCCCCCCCUCCCCUCCUCCCCUCCUCCCCAGGGCUACCUCGACCCGGACUUCAUGCACUCAAACAAGCUGACAGAGUAUAGCGACGUGUACAGCUUCGGCGUGGUGCUGCUGCAGCUCGCCACGGGGCAGCCUCCACUCGUCCCGAGUGACCAUGGGAAAGUGCUGCUCAGGCAGGGAGUGGGGAAGGUGAGCGCGCGGGAGAUGGUGGCGGGGCGGGAGGAGGCGUUCGACACGUUCCUGCGCCUGGUGCUGUGGUGCACAGAGGGGCGCCCCAAUGACCGCCCCACCAUGGUGGACGUGGAGUCUGCACUGCGCAACAUCCAACAAGCUGCUGCUGCUGCUGGUGGGCUUCAGGCGGUGCAGCAGCAGCAGGGUGUGGCACGAGGGGCGAAUGGGUUGGCUCCCCAAUGUGGCCCUGGGCUUGUCGCUGGAACCCCCUUCCAUCCAGUGCCGCCCAGGAGGGUGCAGAGGUGGGAAACGGGUACGGUGGUAGCUCGCCUGCUGCAGCUGGUGGAUUUAUGGAGGAAGAAACUGAGACAAUGA